UAGAUGGAGUCAGCAAUCUUAUAGUUAAUCAGACGCUAAAUUAUGAACGUCUUCAGCUUGGCCACUCCUUAAAACGAGUACAAACAAAAUGUCAUUCUUAUAAAAACAGAAAAAUCGAACAAGCACAAAUAAACUUAGAUACUGGAAGAAUAUCACUGCAGCAAUUCUUACAGAUGUUUAUACGAACUGAAUGUGAAGUAGAAAUACUUGAAGAAUAUGCAGAAGAUGACUGCGUUUAUGAUGACAAUUUAUUACCUGAGACAACUAUCCAACAGUCAAUAACACAGAGAAUUACAGAAUGUGCAAAAGAUGACUACGCUUAUGAUGAUAAUUUAUUAACAGAGACAAAUAUUCAAGGGCCAAUAAUAACAAAACAGAGAAUUACAGAAAAGAAAGAAGUUAAUAAUCACGUUUCUAUUACCAAUAUGAAAGAAGUCAAAAUUUCUCUUCCAAGACUUGUACUUCCAAAAAAGAGGAUUCCUUUGAGGGAUAAGACGAAUAUCGACAGUUCAUCAACUACAAAUAAAUCUUCUUUUCUUCCAAAAAAAGUCAGACAAGUUAGACGAAGGCAAAAUAGGCAAAUUUGCAAGAAUAAUAAUUGA